UUGAAAUGGCGUCAGUCACGGUACGGGGCUGGGCUCUCUGCACCGUGUCCCUGCUAAACUUUGCGUUUGUUUUUAUAUCCGGUGCAGACUUCAUUCGGUUCAUAUCAUUUCGAGCCAUUUACCACAACAUCACCGGAGAGACGACACUCUGCCAAGACUCCAUACCAUGGUCAAAGGCCCUGCAGGACAGCUCUGUCCUCUGGCCUCUUCUUGUGGAUGUGGGGCUGCUGGCUCUUUUCACCACACAGCACAGUCUGCUGGCCUGGUCUCCCGUCAAACAGGCCCUGCAGUCAGUGGUGGGGGCCCUAAAUAGGACGGUUUACUGCUUCACCACAGCACUGGCCCUCCAGAUUUUGAUGCGUUACUGGCAGCCUGUGACCAGCGCCCCCUGUCUGUGGUCAGUGCGUCAUGCGCCCUGGAGUAUCUGGUUUCCUCUGCUCUGCUUCACUCUGCACUUCCUCUGCUGGACAAUCAUCUGUAGCAUCCUCCUGAUCUUUGAUUACCCAGAGCUGCUGGGCAUCAAGCAGGUCUACUACGAGUACUGCGGUUUGGGGGACCCUUUGUCUCACAAGUCCCCUCGUGCUCAGCGCCUCCUGGCUCACCUCCGUCACCCGGUGUGUCUGGAGCUGGGUGUCGUGCUGUGGCUGCUGCCGUGUUUGUCCCUGGACAGGCUCCUGCUGGCGGGAACUCUGUCGGCCUACCUGGCCCUGGCACAUUCUCUGGACAAACAGGAUUUAGCGUACCUGUGCGCUCGCUUCAACAGAAAGAUGCAGCUUGUGACCAAGCCGCAGCAGAGUAGCACUGAUGCCAUGCAAAUGGAAAAGAAUAACCACAAGGAAAAGUGAAGAGAAAAUCCUUUUACCACUGAGGCUGCUGCCUUAUUCUUAUCCAGAACUAAUGUUCAGGGACUGUUUACUUGAUGAGACACGUUAUCUGCUGUGCUGAAUAACAACAAACAAACAUUCUCUGGUUAUUUUGUGCUUUGAACAACCCAACACAAGCAGCUUACAAACAUAUGUUUUUAUUUUCACCACACAAAUUUCGAAAGAUUUUAUUUAGCAAUUUAAAGUUUGAACUACUCCGGGAAAAGUAGACUAUUUUAUUCUGCUGUCACAAAAACCUUUAAGGAUGACUUGUCCACAACAGUGAUGAAAAAGUUCAGCCAUAAAACUCUCCACAUAUUAAUGAAAAUGUUACUUUUAUUUUUAUCAUAGAAUGUAUUUUACAUGCUUUUACAUUCCAUAUGCAGCAGCAGGUAAGCUGUAUUUCUCUGUGCACUAAUUUCAAAUGCUUAUUAACAUAAAUUCAGAUUGAUAUCAUACUCUAACAGCAGUAAAACAUUAAAUGCAGCUAACAUUUUUACAUUAUGCAGCUAAAAGUUAAAACAACACUAAUAUCUGCGAUUAUGAAUGUAUUUCCUUGUCUGUUUAUUAUUUUGUUUUGGAAGCACCAACUCUCAUAUCAAAAGAUGUUAUUUCAUUCCUUUUCCAAUUCAUCUUACUUGAUAAUGCAAUUAACUUUAAAGGUAUUUCACUUUUUGUGUGCCUGAACUUUAAAGCGCUGUGUAUUUGUUUAAUAUGUAUUUGAAUGCUAUUAUUAGUUUUCCUAUGUCUACACUGUGCCUUCACUGGAUUACACAAAUAAAUUUCAGUAUUUUCA